UAUAUAUAUAUAUAUAUAUAUAUUUGCCUUGAGGUAAGGAACAGUUAACCAUAUUGCUAUAAACCUGAUUAGUUCCUGGUUCUAACUUGGCAGCAAAUACUUACAGGGAGGGAAGCGGAAGCAGAUUAGAUAAAAAGAAACAAGGUGUAAUAUGUGCAUGUAACCGCUCCCCAAGACGAUUGUAAACUGCACAACUGUAAAGAUGUCCUAAUAAAAAAUUGUUUAAAACUCCAAAUACUUAAUAGUAUGGAUGAAUAAUAAAUUUUAAAAAUGAUGAAGGAACUAAGUUGGUUCAUCCAUGUAUCUAAAGCUACAUUCAUGGCUAAUCACUAGAAGACCUAAGAUUAGAAUCCAUGUCUGUAUGUCCUAGUCAUUUGUAUCCCUGAGUUUCAGUAGCUACAAGCUUAGUCUCCAUAGACAUCUAGUGAUUGGAUAGUGGGAAUUUUUAAAUAGAUCUGUUAAUGUCUUAGCAGUACAUAGAAUGCCUCCUGGUUAAUAUAAAGCAAAGAUAUGAAGGUUUUGAGUAUUAGAGAGUACAGUCUUGGAUGCUUUGCAUGUUGUAGCUGUGAAGGUUGUAUUUUAUCUAAAGGAGGGUAAUAGGAAGUGAAAUUUCUGUUUAUAAUAUAAGCUCAAGUGGAUUUUUUUUUUUUAGUACCGGGGAUUGAACUUGGGACCUUGCGCUUACAAAGCAGGCACCGGAACUACUGAGCUUAAUCCCUGGCCCUCAAGUGGAUUUUUAAGAGCUCCUUAAAAUACAUAUGUAUAAUAAGGUCAUUAAAAAAGUAAUGUAAUAUUAUAAAAGCCUAAUUUGAAGAAAGAAAACAUAAGCACUGAUUAUCCUCAAACAGGAUCACCCAGUACACUCCUUACCAGCCCGAGGUGUCUCAGGGGAGGCUGGAGAGUUUGCUUAACUUCCAGACCAUGGUGUGCGACCUCACGGGCCUGGACACAGCCAACGCCUCCCUGCUAGAUGAGGCGACUGCAGCUGCAGAGGCCAUGCAGCUGUGUCACAGACAUAACAAGAGGAAGAAAUUUUUUGUCGACCCUCGCUGCCACCCACAGACAAUAGCUGUUGUCCAGACUCGAGCCAAAUUUCGUGGAGUCCUCAUUGAGCUGAAGUUACCUCAUGAAAUGGACUUCAGUAGAAAAGAUGUCAGUGGGGUAUUGUUCCAGUACCCAGACACUGAGGGAAAGGUAGAAGACUUCACAGAACUGGUGGAGAGAGCCCAGGAGAGUGGGAGCCUGACCUGCUGUGCUACUGACCUUUUAGCGCUGUGUAUCUUGAGGCCCCCUGGAGAAUUUGGGGUGGAUGUUGCCCUGGGAAACUCUCAGAGGUUUGGAGUGCCACUGGGCUAUGGGGGACCACAUGCAGCCUUUUUCGCUGUCAGAGGAAACCUGGUGAGGAUGAUGCCUGGAAGGAUGGUGGGCGUGACGAGGGACGCCACUGGGAAAGAAGUCUACCGCCUUGCUCUUCAGACCCGGGAGCAGCACAUCCGGAGAGACAAAGCGACCAGCAACAUUUGUACAGCCCAGGCUCUUUUGGCAAACAUGGCUGCCAUGUUUGCCAUCUACCAUGGUGCCCGCGGGCUGGAGCACAUUGCUAGGAGGGUACAUAAUGCCACUUUGAUUUUGUCCGAAGGUCUCAAGCGAGCAGGUCACCGCCUCCAUCAUGACUUGUUCUUUGACACCUUGAAGGUUCAGUGUGGCUGCUCACUGAAGGAGGUUUUGGCCAGGGCUGCUCAGCGGCAGAUCAAUUUCCGGCUGUUCGAGGAUGGCACACUUGGUAUUUCUCUAGAUGAGACAGUUAAUGAAAAAGAUCUAGAUGACUUGUUGUGGAUCUUUGGCUGUGAGUCAUCCGCAGAGCUCGUGGCCGAAAGCAUGGGAGAGGAGCACAGAGGCAUUCCAGGGUCUGUGUUCAAGAGAACUAGCCCAUUCCUCACUCAUCAGGUGUUCAACAGCUAUCACUCAGAAACAAAUAUUGUCCGGUAUAUGAAGAAACUAGAAAACAAAGACAUUUCCCUUGUUCACAGCAUGAUUCCGCUGGGGUCCUGCACCAUGAAGCUCAAUAGCUCAUCUGAACUCACGCCCAUCACAUGGAAGGAAUUUGCAAACAUCCACCCUUUUGUGCCUCUGGAUCAAGCUCAAGGAUACCAGCAGCUCUUCCGAGAGCUUGAAAAGGAUUUGUGUGAACUCACAGGUUACGACCAAAUCUCUUUCCAGCCCAACAGCGGAGCCCAGGGGGAGUAUGCUGGCCUGGCCACCAUCCGCGCGUACCUAGACCAUAAAGGAAAAAGGCACAGAACGGUUUGCCUCAUUCCGAAAUCAGCACACGGGACCAAUCCAGCAAGUGCCCACAUGGCAGGAAUGGAGAUUCAGCCUGUGGAGGUGGAUAAAUAUGGAAAUAUCGAUGCAGCCCACCUCAGGGCCAUGGUUGAUAAACACAAGGAGAACCUGGCUGCUAUCAUGAUUACCUACCCGUCCACCAACGGAGUGUUUGAAGAGAACAUUAGUGAUGUGUGUGCCCUGGUCCACCAACAUGGAGGGCAGGUCUACCUUGAUGGGGCAAAUAUGAAUGCUCAGGUGGGAAUUUGUCGUCCUGGAGACUUUGGGUCUGAUGUCUCACACCUAAAUCUUCACAAGACCUUCUGCAUUCCUCAUGGAGGAGGAGGCCCUGGCAUGGGGCCUAUCGGAGUGAAGAAGCAUCUAGCCCCCUUUCUUCCCAGUCAUCCCAUCAUUUCAGUAAAGCCGAACGCGGCCACCUGGCCUGUGGGGACCGUCAGUGCAGCCCCAUGGGGCUCCAGUUCCAUUUUGCCCAUUUCGUGGGCUUAUAUUAAGAUGAUGGGAAGCAAGGGCCUUAAACAGGCCACAGAAAUUGCUAUAUUAAAUGCCAACUACAUGGCUAAGCGAUUAGAAGAACACUACAGGAUCCUUUUUAGGGGUGUGAGAGGAUAUGUGGCUCAUGAAUUCAUUUUGGAUACAAGACCCUUCAAAAAGUCUGCAAAUAUUGAGGCUGUGGAUGUGGCCAAGAGGCUCCAGGAUUAUGGAUUUCAUGCCCCUACCAUGUCCUGGCCUGUGGCAGGGACUCUCAUGGUUGAGCCCACCGAGUCAGAAGACAAGGCCGAGCUGGACAGAUUCUGUGAUGCUAUGAUCAGUAUUCGGCAAGAAAUUGCUGACAUCGAGGAGGGCCGCAUCGACCCUAGGAUCAAUCCGCUGAAGAUGUCUCCACACUCCUUGACCUGCAUCACAUCUUCCCACUGGGAUCGACCAUAUUCCAGAGAGGUGGCAGCAUUCCCACUUCCCUUUGUGAAACCAGAGAACAAAUUCUGGCCAAGCAUUGCCCGGAUUGAUGACAUAUAUGGAGAUCAGCACCUGGUUUGUACCUGCCCACCCAUGGAAGUUUAUGAGUCCCCAUUUUCUGAGCAGAAGAGGGCAUCUUCUUAGUCCUUUCUCUGUAAGUUCAAGGAACUGAUUUUAGGUCUUUACCUGAAGCAUUUGAUAAGCAAUAAAUAUUUCAUCUCCCACUCCUGGCUCAAGUAGGGGUUUCAUAUACUGUGCAUUUUUGUAAUCUGUCAAGGUAAAUGUGAAUACAAUUAGCAUAUUGAGUGGUAGUGAAUCACUGGAAGAUUCCUGUGCUUCAGUCCUCUGCUUUCACAUAUGUUGGUUGAUGUUCAGGUUGCCUUGAUGAGGAACCAUUUAGUUUUCUGCAUAGAAUAUUCUGGGUCUGCUACCAAUUUUAACUUUCAAUGGCAAGUUUACUGAUGUUAGAGGGUUAUAUUAGAGAUUUAAAAAGAGACAUACUUUUUGUUCCAAACAAGUCUUUAUGGACUGUGCCAGCUGUGGUAAGUCCCAGGGCAAAUGUUUACAUUUUAUAUACACUGAAGAACUCUUCUGGCUAAUUUGCCUAAUCUGUAAUAGCAUUUCUGAGGGAUAUUCUCUUUUUCUCUGUGUGGGUUUUUCAUUUGCAUUUAUUAGUAUCCUAAUAAAAACACUUCAAAUUGAAGAACACCCUCCUUUUUUAAUAAUUUUGCCUCACCAAACCCCAGAUUCACAGGGGAAUCUUAUCAACACUCAAUAGCCCUUGUUACAUUAUCAGUUUUACCUUUAACUGGAUAAAAUGGCUUUAUGACCAGGGAAGUUCACUUUGGCCCUUGUCAUUGUGUUAGACUGCAUGUAUUGAAACUCAAGUACAGAAAUUCAAAUGGAAAAUUUUUUGCUCUCAUUUAACAGUAAGUCCAGGGGUAAUAAGCCAAGGGCUGGUUCUCUUUAGUCUUGCUGUUCUGGGUUUCUUUGCACAUAAUUUUCAUUCUUAUCUCAAAAUGGGUGCUGUAUAUCCAAGUAUCAUAAAUCCCUUCUAAAUAGGAAAAAAAGAACAGAAAGAGAAAAGAGAGAUUUCAUCUAAGUCUGCUUUUGAAAUCUCCUGAACAUGCAGUAAGGUGAAGUUUUUUUUAAUUUGGGUAUGUAACUACCCCAGUCAAAAUCAAGAAUUUAAUUAAAGAGAAGGUGAAGAUUGGGUUUUAGGUAGGGUAGUUAGCAUGCUGGCAACAAAUGACUUUCCUUCAGAAGGAGCAGUGGUUUGAGAUGUUCUUACCUGAGUGUUACUCUUUCUUGGAUCCUUGCAUGGCAGCUUAUUCCAGCAGUUGUUCAGUGUCACUAGGCUUUAUGAUAAUGAGCUGGACAAAGGUCUGCAUGCUCUAUUAAAUUCUCUGCAAGUAGCCCACUUAUUCUCAAAAGGUUGUAGGUCUUACUUUAGCCUAACCAAGCAGUGAAGAAGUGAUGAUCUCCAUGGUUCCUUUUUUACAUAAAAGGGAAGGGUGUGGAGAAACACCUGUAGUCACAUGGCUCAUAAGAGAAGCCAAAAUUUUAACCAACAGUUGACCAUCUCCAGUGCCUUUCAGCUCAGAUAGGCUACCACACCGCCAUGGAAUUACAUACGUCGGACCCUGCCUUUCCUGGGCUCACAACCAUUCUCUCCAUACAAACUAGCCAUCAGGGUAGGGAGCAACGCCUCCUCAGGAAAUACCAGCAUAUGAAAAUAAAUAGCUAAAAAGCAAGCAAAUUCUUUGUUUUACUUUAAGUGUUUGUAAUUGAAUACCAAAGCUGUUUCCAUAUCUGGUCAUCCACUGCUUGCCUCCAGAAUAUGUCAGGUAAUGGAGAGUCACAUGAAUGAUUUAAUAACGAAGGACAAACUGUUUACUGUCUUUAUCCGAUGCUUAUGCUGGUCUUUUCCCCACUUCUGAUGUUGAUGUGUAUGGUAUCCUCCACUUGGAGCACUCACCAGCCACCUUGGUUUUGCUGGCUCCUAUUUAUUCUUCAGCAUCUUACAACGUUUUCCUUACUAUCUCUGAGAAAUAAGUUAUUUUCUGCCUUGCCACUCAGUUUGUUUUCUCCUGUUAACUGUUUUUAAUGUUUACUCAGUUUUUGUGUCUCUGCCUCAUAGACUUAAGUUCCUUGCAAACAAGGACCAUAUAUGAUUCAUCAUUGGAUUUCCAGUGUUGAGUCAGAGUGUUCCAUGUAGCGUGUUAAAUAAAAAGCAACAUAUUGAAUAAAGAAAUGACCGCUGAUCUCAUAGAGGCACACUGGCAUGGUGUUUCCAGUGUCUGCUGUAAGUAGAUCUUUUAAAACUACAAAAUGCCAGGCCCUGAAGGAAGCAUCCUCUGGAUGGCUUUGUAUAGACAUUUAAAAAUAUUUUAUUAUGGUAAAGUAUGGAUACUAUAAAAUUUAUCACUUUAGCCAUUUUUAGCUCUAUAAUACAGUGACAUUAAGUACAACGAUGUGCAGAAUGUGCCUUUUAAGCAGAAUAAACACUUUCUUUUAUGAAUUAA